AUGGGAACCAGGACCACCGCAGCCACUGUGACAGGCCGCAACGCUGCUGCCACUUGUGAUGCUUCGUCCCUUGCCGACUACACCUCCUCCGUUCAGCUCUCUUCCGACAUGACCCUCCACUGGAAGACAGCAAGUGCCACCAAAGUCAACCUAGCCCUUGAGGCAGCAGCAGGCAGCACGGCAGCAGCGGGGUGGUUCUCCCUGGCAUGGUCGGCAGACGGUCGCAUGGCCCCCGCUGAUGCUGUCAUAGGAAAUCUGCCUGGGGGGGCUGUGGCGGCUUAUUACAUGAGCGGCUAUGCGAUGAGUGAUGUUCAGCCUACAAGCAGCUUCGAUAUUGGCAACGCGGUUCAAACUACAUCGGCUUCUGGCUCCACUGUUAUCGAGUUCUCCCGCAUGACAGGCGAUGGAGCCGUACCAGUGAAUGUUGGCGGCAGCAACACACUCAUCUGGGCCUUCUCAGAGGGCGACUCCCAGACCCUGGGGUUCCAUGGAGAGAACGACGGAGUGACCACAGUUGACUUCUCCUGUGAUGGCUCCUCCUCCUCCGCUCCCCCCUCCACCUCCCCUCCCUCCUCCCCUGCACCCCCCUCCACCUCCCCACCCUCCUCCCCUGCACCCCCCUCCACCUCCCCUCCCUCCACCUCCCCCCCAUCUUCUUCCUCCUGUGCCGCCUCCUCCCUCGCCGGAUACACCUACUCUGCCCCCUUGGACUCCUCGCUAUCCCUCCACUGGUACACAGUCAGCGCCACCAAAGUCAAUCUGGCCCUGGAGGCAGCAGCGGGCAGCAUGGCAGCAGCAGGGUGGUUCUCCCUCGCAUGGUCUGCAGACGGCCGUAUGGCCCCUGCUGAUGCUGUCAUUGGGAACCUGCCUGGGGGGGCUGUGGCGGCUUAUUAUAUGGGCGGGUAUGGGCUGGGCGAUGUGCAGCCUACAAGCGGAUUCAGUAUUGGGAGUGGUGCGGCGCUGAGUACCAGUGCUAGUGAGUGCUAG